AUGGUGGGAGCGACAAGACUUGGAGGACUUGCCUUCGGCGUGGUCUGCCUCGCGCAGCUUGCUAGUGGAUUCAAUGGAGGUGCAUUCCGAACCUCCUUGACGCUCAAGGACUUCAAGGAACAGCUCACCCAGAAGGAGGCAGAAGACAGCCGUGCUCUGGCAGUCAGGGAUGAUGAAGACCUCCAGCUGCUGUACCCAGCACACACCAUCCAGGUGCCCGUAGACCACUUUCACAAUGACUCCCUCUACGAGCCGCACUCGAACGCCACCUUUGCCCUGCGCUACUGGUUUGACCCCAGCCACUACAAGAAAGGCGGGCCCGUCAUCGUCCUGCAAUCGGGCGAAACCAGCGGCGUCGAUCGUCUGCCCUUUUUGCAAAAGGGCAUCGUCGCGCAGCUGGCCCAGGCAACCCACGGCUUGGGUGUGAUCCUGGAGCACCGCUACUACGGGGAGAGCUUACCUACCCCCGACUUCAGCACCGCGAACCUGCGCUUCCUGACGACGGAUCAGGCCCUGGCCGACAUGGCCUACUUCGCCGAGCAUGUCGUCUAUCCGGGGCUCGAACACCUGGACCUCACCGCGUCCAAGAACGCCUACAUUGCCUACGGGGGCUCAUACGCGGGUUCCUUCGUCGCAUUCCUGCGCAAGUUGUACCCGGAUAUCUACUGGGGCGCCAUCUCGUCGUCGGGUGUGCCUGAGGCCAUCUACGACUACUGGCAGUACUACGAAGCGGCCCGGCUGUUCGCUCCCAGGGACUGCGUGGUGGCCACGCAAAAGCUAACUCACAUCGUCGACACCAUUCUCCUCAACAAGUCCGCCACCGACUGGGUCCCCCGCUUGAAGCGCGCCUUUGGGCUAGGCAAUCUCACGCGCAGCGACGACUUCGCCAACGCCAUCUCGGCCGGCAUCGCGGGCCUGCAGGGGCUGAACUGGGACCCGGCCGUCAACAGCACCGAGUUUGGCCGCUACUGCGCCAACGUCAGCUCCACGGCGCCGCUGUACCCGCGCACCGCCGAGGCCGAAGACGAAGCCCGCGCGCUGGUCACCGCAGGCGGGUAUGGAGACAAAAAGGAGGCAGCCGCCCUCGCCGCCCAGCUGCUCAACUACAUCGGCUACGUCAACGCCACCACCGUGCGGUCCUGCCGCCGUGAGAGUCAGGACGCAUGCUUCACGAAUUAUAACACGACUUUUUACCGCCAGGAUAAUCUUCAGCAGACCUGGCGGCUGUGGGCGUACCAGUACUGUUUUGAAUGGGGCUACCUACAAACCGGCUCCGGUGUACCCGCCAACCAACUCCCACUCAUCUCCCGCCUAAUCUCCCUCGACUACCUAUCCGUCGUCUGCCGUGAAGCCUUCAACAUCACCACCCCGGCACAGGUAGAGCGCAUCAACAAGCACGGCGGGGUACACAUCAGCUACCCGCGCCUGGCGCUGGUCGACGGGGAGUGGGAUCCCUGGCGGUAUGCGGGUGCGCACAGGAUUGGGCUGCGAGAGCGCAAGAACACCGUCAGCGAGCCCUUCAUCCUCAUCGACAACGCCGUGCAUCACUGGGACGAGAACGGGUUGUUCCCCAACGAGACGCGGCCCGGACUGCCGCCGAAGCCCGUUGCCAAGGCACAGAGCGCCGAGGUACACUUUGUGAAAGCAUGGGUUGACGAGUGGAGGAGGUCUAGAUGUAGGGGUGGUGAUAGAUGGUGCUGA